UAAUUUAAUUAGCCAUCACAUGCGAUAAAUGGAGAACAGAAACAACGUGACAGAGUUUAUUCUCCUGGGGCUCACAGAGAACCCAAAGAUGCAGAAAAUUGUAUUUGCUGUGUUUUUCACUGUGUACAUCACCUCAGUAAUAGGGAACAUGCUCAUUGUGUUCACCAUAACUUCCACUUCAUUGUCAGAGUCCCCCAUGUACUUCUUCCUGGCUUAUCUCUCCUUUAUUGAUGCCUGUUAUUCCUCUGUCAGCACCCCAAAGCUGAUAGCAGACUCACUCCAUGAAAAAAAGACCAUCCUAUUCAAUGGAUGCAUGACCCAAAUCUUUGGAGAACAUUUAUUUGGAGGUACUGAGAUCAUUUUGCUUACUGUGAUGGCCUAUGACCGCUAUGUGGCCAUCUGCAAGCCCCUGCACUAUGCAACCGUCAUGAGUCGACGUUUAUGUGGCCUGCUAGUGGGAGUGUCAUGGUUGGGAGGUUUUCUUCAUGCAACCAUACAGAUCCUGUUCAUCAUCCAAUUACCCUUCUGUGGCCCUAACGUCAUAGAUCACUUUAUGUGUGAUCUGAACCCUUUGCUCAAUCUUGUCUGCGCUGAUACCCACACUCUGGGGCUCUUUGUUGCUGCCAACAGUGGGUUCAUCUGCCUGUUAAACUUUCUCCUUCUGCUGGGCUCCUAUGUGGCCAUCCUGCGCUCCCUAAGGACUCACAGUACAGAGGGGAGACGCAAAGCCCUCUCCACGUGUGUCUCCCACAUCACAGUGGUCGUCUUAUUCUUUGUGCCCUGUGUAUUUGUGUACAUGAGACCUGCAGCUACUUUACCCAUUGAUAAAGCAGUUGCUAUGUUCUACACUAUGAUAACUCCCAUGUUAAACCCAUUAAUCUAUACUUUGAGAAAUGCUCAGAUGAAAGACGCCAUUAAGAAAUUGGGUAGUACAAAAGUUCUUUCAAGCAGCGAAUGAAUCAACC